AUGAGAUUUCUUCUUCCGUGUUUAUUUGUCGUUUCCACCUACUCUUCCGAUGAAGCCGACUCGUUCGACUUAUCGAUUCCGGAAGAGGCAGUCGGCAAUCCAUACCGUCCGCUUUCUACACGAGUUGUGGGCGGAGAUGACCUGAAGAGAAAUCUGUGCUUCUGCAAUUACGAAGGAGACAUUUGUGACUCUAACAACACCUGCAUAAAACACAACAAUGCGGCUUGCUUUCAUUUCAUUAAAGAGGUUUAUAAUGGAGAGUUACGGCGCAUGGAAACCGUUCAUCAAUACGGUUGUGCAAGCUUGGAAAAAGGCAGCUCAGCCUCACAUUUAACGUGCAAUUCGUUCCGUUCUCCACAUCGAACGCCCAAGAGCAUCGCAUGCUGUUACGAGGGAGACUACUGUAAUUUGAGAAUCACUCCACCACCAUACAGACAGCUACCAAGAGAGCCAGGGGAAUCAGAGAAAGAGAAAGAGAGGGAGAGGGACAGAGUUGGAGGAAAAGAGAUAGAGGGAGGAGGAGAGGAGAGUCUUCAAAAUGCCAUUAAGUUAAUAAACAAUGUGAUUGCAGCCAAAAAGAAGAAGAGCCAAGAACUUUUCCCUACUCCAGAAAUUGAGUCGAUACUAUAUGACGAUUCAGGAAGUGGUUCCGGAUCGGGUACAGCGGCCAUGGUGCAGAGAACGGUCGCGAACGACCUCGUCAUAGAAAAAAUUAUCGGAAAAGGCAGAUACGGUGAAGUUCGUAUCGCAAAAUUCCGGGGCAGCUUAGUCGCAGUGAAGACUUUCUACACUACUGAAGAGGACUCGUGGAACAACGAGAGAGAAGUCUAUGAGACGCAGAUGCUCAAUCACGAAAACAUACUACAGUAUGUUGCUGCCGAUAUCUUCAGCAUGGAUUCACUCACGCAGAUGAUACUGGUGACCGAUUAUCACCCGCAUGGCUCUCUCUACGACUACCUUCAAGAGGAACAGGCGCUCACUGCAGUGGAAGCACUGCAGUUGGCGUACAGUUCCAUCUGCGGCAUUGAACAUCUACACGCCUCAGUGAUCGGUACGGGAAGCAGACGGAAGCCUCAAAUCGCCCAUCGUGAUAUCAAAUCCAAGAAUAUAAUUGUGAAACGGCCUGGGAUGUGCUGUAUUGCUGAUUUUGGAUUAGCAGUGAGAUAUGAAGAUCGACUGAUUCCCGAAAAGGUCAACAUUCAAGUGGGAACGAAGCGUUACAUGGCGCCGGAAGUCAUCAAGAAAACGCUCAAUCCGAAUUUUUUUGCCGAAUUUAAAAUGGCCGAUAUGUAUUCUUAUGCGCUUGUUCUUUGGGAAAUUGCUAGAAAAGUAGAGGUGGAGUUUAUCUUACCGUUGAAAUCCCUGACUGUUAAGAGCCCUGAAAUGUGCGGCAGCUCUCUUGGUUGCAGUGAGUCUGGCUACGGAUCGGCAAGCAGUGAGGGUAAAGCACUCACCGACAGGACAGCUAUCAUGUAUUCGCAGUCAAAUACCAACUAUAAAAUACAGCAUAUGCAGAAGAGCUCAGACGGGUCGCGCCGGUCCUACCCAUACAAGCCGCCUUUCGGCGAACUGGUCGACAGCGACCCAUCGUUUGCGGAGAUGGAAAAAAUCGUCUGUGGAGCGAACGGAAUGCGACCACCACUAGAGCCUUCCUGGACGAAUGGUAGCAAUGUUCAUCUACAAAAAAUGAUUGGUCUGAUGGUCGACUGCUGGCACCAUUCGCCGCAUUGUCGUCACACAGCGCUCAAGGUGAAGAUCGCCCUUGGAGAGGUGAUCGAAGAUCUGUUACAAAUUCAGGUUGGUCCUGCAGUUCAGUAG